AUGUUGACCUCCGGUUGGAGAUUGGCAGUGUGUGUUUGCUUUUUGACUUUUUUUCCAGUUCUGUCUGUGGAGCCGAAUUCACCACAGAUAUUCAGAGGAGAGACGGUUACACUCACAUGUAGGAUUUCAGGAGGAAAUGGACCGUACUACUGGAACAAAGAUGGUGUUAAUGUUCACAGUUCUGCUGAAAAUUUCUACACUAUAAAAGUAGAUCAGAGUCACAAAUACAGAUGUUUCGGGUCUGUUGAUGGACGGACAACAACAGGGAGUAAUGAAGUGACUCUCUCAGUGAUAGAGAGACCAAAAGCCGUUCUGACUCUGCAGCCUGAUGGACAGAUAUUCAGUGGACAGGAAGUCACUUUCACAUGUGAAAUACGAGGACAUGUAGAGACUGAGUGGACGUACAACUGGUAUAAAGAUGGUGGCCAAAUAUUCUUCUACACUAAGAGCAGGCAAUAUUCAUUCCGUCCUGUAGAGUCUCUCAGCGCUAAAUACACCUGCACCGGAUGGAGAAGAAGCGACUCUCAGACCUCAGAGACCAGCAACACUGUUACACUCACUGUGUCAGAAAAACCCAAACUGACUGUGAGAGUGAAUCCUCAGAGCUCCGUCUACACUGGAGACAGAGUUACUCUGAACUGUAAUCUGCUGUCUAAUGGAUGGACUUUUCUCUGGUACAAAGAUCGAGUCCAAGUAGCUGAAGACACCGACACACUCCAUGAUACAGUCUCUAAUGCAGGAGAAACAGUGUAUCAGUGUAAAGCACGCAGAGGAAACUACGACUCAGAGCUCAGUGAUCCAGUUACAGUUACAGUUAGAGCGCUCCCAAAACCUGUGGUGUCCAUAAAUCCUGAUGAACAGGUGUACAGAGGAGAGACUGUCACUCUCAGAUGUGACAUACAGGAUGAAGAGGACUCUGACUGGAUCUACAGCUGGAAUAAAGAUCGUUCUUUUGUCAGUAGUGAACAGGAGUACAGAAUCAGUAGUGCUGAAACAUCUCAUGCAGGUAAAUACACCUGUAGAGGAAGAGAGAGAGGAGGCUCACACUCCUCACACACCAGUGAUGCUGUUACACUGACUGUAUCAGAAAAACCUAAACCUGAACUCACACCAAGUCUCAAAGGAGCUGUACUGAAAGGAACCUCAGUGACUCUGUCCUGUACACUGAAGCUGCAGUCUGCUGGAUGGAAGUUUUACUGGAUCAAACCCACACAGAGCACUGAGACUGAGACUGAAGCUGAAACAGACUACUACACUAACACAUACAGCGCAGUUAGUGUCUCUGAUGGAGGUCAGUACAGGUGCAGAGCUGGAAGAGGAAACCCAGUCUACUACACACACUACAGUGAUGCACUCUGGGUAAAUGUUUCUGAGAGUCCUAAAGCUGUGGUGACCAUAAAGCCUGAUAAACAUGUGUUCAGCGGAGAGACUGUGACUCUCAGAUGUGAAAUACAGGGAGGAGGAGACACUGAGUGGACAUACAGCUGGUAUAAGAAAGAUAACACAUUCUACCCAUACCGCACAACACAGGAGUUCAGCUUCAGCUCAGUUAGAAAUGAUGACAGUGGUGAAUACACCUGCAGAGGGAGGAGAAGCAGUGACUCUCAGAGCUCAGAGAUCAGUGAUGCUGUUACACUCACUGUAUCAGGUGAGUGUGUGAGUUUGUUUUAUCUUGUCAUUAAUUACAUGUAACAAGAUUACCACUCUAUGAUUUUAUUUCUUUUUUUUCAUCUGUUGUCCAUCAGAUGCAGCAGAGGCAGUAGUGAGUGUGUCUCCACUGCGCUGGCUGACUGAAGGAGACUCAGUGACUCUAAGCUGUGAGGUUAAACACUCCUCUACAGGCUGGACAUUCAGCUGGUACACAGAGGUUCCCUCCAGAGACAGUCAGGGUUCCCUCAGGUACAGUACAGCGCUCCUCUCAGACAGCAGCAGAGGAUCUGGAGGCUCCUACACUCUCAGUCCUGUUACUGUGAAUCACACAGGAGUUUAUAUGUGCAGAGCAGAGAGAGGAGAACCAGUCUUUCACACACGGGACAGUAACCUACAGCCACUGUGGAUCACUGGUGAGGAAAUAAAUCAACAAUAGAGUUUAGUUGGAGUGUAGCAAAUGUACAUUUAUUAAUAUUAAGUGUUGUAUAUGUGCUAAUGUAUUGUGUAAUAACUGUUUAUAUUUAAACUCCUUAGUGAGGAAUGUGUAAAGCAGCUGAAUAAGCACCUGAUAGUAGAUUUUUAUUCAGAUAUCAUUGUCUAAUCAGAGCAAGUAUUAGUGCUGUGGUAAUUUUAAUGUUACACAUGUUUACUAAACUGUACACUGAAAUUAACAUCAUGAUAAAAUACAUGUUAAUUUUCAGAAUAAGAUCUGAAUUAUAGUGUGUGUGUUUCAGGUGAAUCUCCUCCAGUGUCU